AUGACAGCAUUAUUACUGUCAAGUAUAAUUUUUAUACCGAUACUAUUUAUUGAAAUCAUUGGUGACGAUGCAUUUGAUUGUACGGGCUAUGACGAUGACUCUUUUCAUCCUAUCUAUGAUAUUAAUGACUGUCGACAUUAUUGGCAUUGUAUAUAUGUUGGAACGAGCUACAUGAGAGCUGUCAAACGUAUUUGUCCAGCUGGAACUGAAUUUGAUUUUCAAUUAAAAGAAUGUGAAAUAUCAAGUCUAGUGGACUGUGUAAAAGUGAAAUCAAACGUUACACCAAGAACAAGUAUAAGCACAAAACAAUCUGUGAAUUUUUUAACACGGAAACCCUCGAUCACAACAAAUAAAUCUACUCGUAAAACUGUCAUACUACAGCAAUUAAAAGUAUUAUCUACCACUGCCUCUCUGGUAGCACCUAUUUUUUCAUUUGAACAACUUAUCAAAAGUUUAAAUGCUAUAGCAGUAUCUUCGAAACAUCAAACAGUAAUGUAUACUACUCAUGCUAAAAUUUAUAAUACAAUCAAUCAAAGUAAAUACUCUCAAUCAAUGUUAGUCCCAACAACAACGAUGACGCGAACAAAAACAAAAAGAAAUUUUUUAACAUCAAAUAUGAAUCAAAAACAUAUUCAUCAUCGUCGUGAAAAUAUAACAAUAAAUGUUCUCACCAGUAACGAACAUAAAAUUCGUCGAUUUUCAAUAAAUCAAACGCAUGGUUUAUUUAUUCAUUGUAAUGAAGUUCGCCGUCGUCAUUUACGCGAUUUAAUUUUUCGAACAACAACAACAGCAACAUAUUCUUCAAAAAUUCUAAAUUCUUCAUCAAAAACUUUUCAUCGUGGCAUAUCGUCUUUAAAAAUAUUUAUAAUGUCUUUCUUAUUUUUACAAAAAAUAAGUGAUUGA